AAAACUUGAACAUUAAUAGAGAUAGAUACAGCUGUGUAAGCCUAAAUACCAGGCAGCUGAAGUGUGGCAGUUACAGCCAGCAUUAACAGGUUUGUAACUCCUCAGUACUGAGAUCUACAGGUAGGAAUGUCUGUCUUUUAAAAUAUAUAAAAUAAGGGUAAAAAGCUUGCUUUGAUAAGAGAGAGUUUUCCUUCAGGUGUCUUUUAUGGGCGUUUUUCUUUGUACUGUUGCUGCAGGUUGUUUUAAUUUGUAAGUGAGUAAUUAAAGAGAACAGGUGGGUAGUUUUGGAGAAAAGGUCCUUUGCUCACAGAAAAGAAAUGGGAAGGUCUGUGCCUUUACCUUCCAAUGUUCUUCGCUAGAGCAGCUGUUGGGUGGGGCAGUCCAGCGUCUGCUUUGGGUUUCAUUUGUGUUGCCUUUUUAAAGACCCUCUUGACAUUGCUGACUUUGCUUUUCAUUUAAGCAGAAAUGCAGUAGUAUAACUUUCUGAAUGCCUUUAUUCCUGUUUUCUCCUAGGCUGUAAAAAUUCUAUGGAAGUAUUUAAACAAAAAAUAAAGAUGCUACGUGAUUAUGAUUUUUUUUUUCUCCUGCUUUUCAUUGUGGUGCAGAGAUGCUGGUCCAUUCUGUUUCCCCUGUUCUUACAUAUGCCCUUAUGGUUUAUUUAGAAGACACUUUAAACUUUCUUAAAUCUUAUUUUGAAGUAAGGAUUUCAAAUGUAGGACAAAAAUAAGAUAGAAAAUAUUUCUACUCUUUCAAAGCAAAUGAAGAUAUGUGGAGAUUUGCUUUUUUUGUUAGUUUCUUAAAUGAGGUGGUGAAGCAUAUUUGUUUAGUCAACUGGAGUUUGUAGCCUAGGUCCCACCUCUCUUUCAAGUGAAUAGGAUACAUUAUGAAAAGGGGUAAUCCAGUAAAGUCAUAGUAAAGGGAAGCAGUCAGGGAAUUAACAUUUAUUUAAAUGUGGUGGCCAUGACUAGCUGGGUGGGUGGCAGCUCAUUUAAUACUCUCUGAUCUGGGGACUUAGAGGCUGCAUGAAACUGGGAGCUCUGCCUGGGUUUGGUAUGGGGACAAAAGUACAGGGUACUUUUAGUACAGGGUGGGUUGAUUUUUCUCCUUCUCUUUCAGUUCUAUUUUUGUAUAUGAAAGGAAGCAGUUUAAUAAAAGAUACUGUGCUGGGAUGGCACCUGGGCUCUUGCAGUAGAGUGACUUGCUUCCUUUGGGGCUCCCUCCCCAAAUAUUAAGGUGCCUGUGUGGCGUGUUCUGCACUCUUCCUUUUAUCAACUGAGAAAUGCUCAAAGGGAAGAUGUGGAACAGUGGCAUAGCAUGGCCAAAAAGUUGCCUCUCUCCAACCAAAUUACCUGUGCAAAGGGGGGGGUCUUUCCACAAAAGCAGCUCAGCAAAAAAUCAAGGACAAUUAAAUGUGUGGUUUGCCUGUGUAAAAACAUGGAGGAAACCAUCCCAUCCCCACUGACCCCGUAUGCUAGAUGGCUCAGUUAUCCUUGCAGUUAGUACACUGUGGCAAAUUAUUUUCCUUUGUUUGAAGUGGGUGGGAGACAGACUUCAACUAAGCUCCAUAAAUUAAUGUAUGAAAAUUGACUGAGCCACUGUAAAGAAUAAUUAGCUGUAGGUCUCUUGUAGCAGAGUUUUCCGUGAUAUCUGUUGGCAGCAUCUUCACUUGACAUUUAAUUUACAUUAAAGUCCGAAAGCUUGUGUGCCUUGUUAAUGCAAGGCGCAAAUAAAGGCAUGCACUGCUAGACAGUUCCUUAGCCAGGGUGGAGUACAGCCAGAGGAGAAAAAUGGAAACCUAUUGUCUGUGGUGUAUCCUCAGCACACCGGCCGCAUGCCCCAAGUCUGGAAAGUUUAAACCUUAGGUUUAUUACACAAUAGGAGAAAUAAGCUGAAAAAAGGAUAAAGUGUUUAUUGUAACGUAUUUAUUGCAGCAGAGAAUUUGAGUGUAUGCUUUUCUCUCUGGGCCCUUUAAUGUCUAACAUUUUUAAAUAGAAGUUGUAUAAUUAUACCAGGCAUAUUCCAGAUUUCUGUUUCUUAGUUUAAUGAUCUGUAAUUAAUAAUUCAUAUGUAAUUUAAAUAAUUAACUUUGUGAAAUGUAUCAGUAAUGUAGUAAAGAAAAACCAUUUCUAAAGACCAUGGCAUGUUUAAAUUGAGGAUUUAAAGAUAUCGUGACUAGUAUGAACUCCAAAUUGCUUGCUUUCACUGUCAGUAAAAUAUUUAUAUUUAUCCUAGGGGAUAAGGUGUCAUGUUGAAAAUAGCUAUUAGGUGAACAGAGUAGCUAUGAUUUAUUUACAAAUACUGAGGAAGAAUGGGGUAGCUAACUUGGGCUUAUUUUUUUUUAACUCAGGUGGAUGAUUUUGCCAAAUCAUCUCAUGUUAUUUAAGAGGAUUGAACUUCAAAUUCACACAUUUUCUUGACAUUCCAGUGUGUAUUUAAAAAAAAAAAAAAAAGCCUACAUUCUUGACACUACAGUGAAUGUAAUCUUGUCUCUUUGUUGUGUUAGCCACUAUCAGCGAAAUAAAGUAAAUUUAACUUGGGAAAGGUUUUCUUUCCCUGUUUAGGUUUUUCUGAGAGACUUCAAACUGCAGUAGAAAUGUUAUAGGAACCCCUUUUGUGGAGGGACAGCACUGGGGUAAGCCACCCAUGCAGGUUCAGGAUUUGCAUCCCGGUGUAACUUGGUUGUCGCAUUUCCAGUGCUGACAGGAUUUUGAUGUCUGAACCAGGCGUUGUCCCUUUGAGGCAAUGAGCGCUUGCUACCUGCCUCGCUUUCUGUCUGAAAUGCAGAUGGAGGCUGAAAGAUGCUGCUUGGCUUUUCUUUUCAUGGAGCAGAAGGAUAACUUGUGCUCCUCAGGAACCUUCAGGAAGGCAGUACGCAGGCUUUCAGCUGUGGGAUGGGGGCACAGCAGCCGAAAUCUUUCCGCUUGAGUCAGCCUGAGAACGGGGACAGUGUCAGACUCAGUGCUGCCAGGCUCACUACUUGAAUCCAGAGGAGGGAUUCCUGAAGAAUGAAAAAGAUAAUGCGUUGCUAUCUGCCAUUGAAGAGUCCAGGAGGAGGACUUUUGCCAUGGCUGAGGAGUAUCACCGAGAAUCAAUGCUGGUUGAAUGGGAACAGGUGAAACAAAGGAUUCUUCAUUCUCUGCUUGCAUCAGGGGAAGAUGCUCUUGAUUUCACCCAGGAAAAUGAGCCCAGCUAUGUCGGGGAGGUGGGUCCUCCAGGUCGCAGCUCCAUGGACAGUGUGGAGAUGGCAUAUGCUCGUCAGAUUUAUAUUUAUAAUGAGAAGAUAGUGAAUGGACAUCUGCAGCCUAACCUGGUGGACCUCUGUGCUGCUACUGCAGGUCUGGAUGAUAAGAACAUCUCAGAGAUGUGGGCCAUGGUGAAACAAAUGACCGACGUCACCCUGGUCCCUGCCAGCGACGCCCUGAAAGUCAGGACCAACAUGGAGGUGCGCAUGGAGUUCGUGAGGCACGCUCUGCACUACCUGGAGGAAAGUUACAAAAAUUACACUUUUGUGACAGUCUUUGGGAACUUGCACCAGGCGCAGCUGGGUGGAGUCCCAGGCACCUACCAGCUGGUCCGCAGCUUCCUGAACAUCAAACUCCCUGCAGCAGUCCCUGGUCUGCAGGACGGUGAGGUGGAGGGCCAUCCUGUGUGGGCACUGAUUUACUACUGCAUGCGCUGUGGAGAUCUGACUGCAGCCAUGCACGUGGUGAAACGGGCUCAGCACCAGCUGGGAGAGUUCAAAACCUGGUUCCAGGAGUACAUGCACAGUAAAGACAGAAGACUGUCUCCUGCCACAGAAAAUAAACUGCGUCUUCAUUACAGACGGGCUCUGAGGAAUAACACUGACCCCUACAAAAGGGCUGUUUAUUGUAUUAUUGGCCGUUGUGACAUUACAGACAACCAGAGUGAAGUUGCUGAUAAAACAGAAGAUUAUCUGUGGCUAAAACUGAACCAGGUGUGUUUUGAUGAUGGCGGCGCGAGCUCCCCCCAGGACCGGCUAACGUUAUCACAGUUCCAGAAGCAGCUGCUGGAAGACUAUGGUGAAUCACAUUUUGCCGUGAACCAGCCACCGUUCCUCUACUUCCAAGUGUUGUUCUUGACGGCACAGUUUGAAGCUGCCAUUGCCUUUCUGUUCCGGACAGAGCGCUUGCGCUGUCACGCUGUUCAUGUGGCUUUGGUCCUGUUUGAGUUAAAAUUGCUUCUGAAAGCAUCUGGGCAGAGUGCACAGCUAUUAAGCCAUGAAGCUGGUGACCCUCCUGGUGUCAGACGUUUAAAUUUUGUGCGGCUUUUGAUGCUUUACACCCGUAAGUUUGAAUCAACAGAUCCAAGGGAAGCUCUGCAGUACUUUUACUUUCUCAGGAACGAGAAGGACAGCCAAGGAGAGAAUAUGUUCUUGCGUUGUGUUAGUGAAAUAGUAAUUGAAAGCCGAGAGUUUGAUAUGAUUCUUGGAAAGCUGGAAAAGGAUGGUAGUAGGAAGCCUGGAGUGAUAGACAAGUUUACAAGUGACACAAAAUCCAUUAUUAACAAAGUGGCUUCUGCAGCAGAAAAUAAAGGAUUGUUUGAAGAAGCUGCAAAACUCUAUGACCUUGCAAAGAACCCUGACAAAGUUUUAGAGCUGAUGAACAAGCUCCUCAGUCCAGUUGUUCCCCAGAUCAGCACUCCCCAGUCAAACAAGGAGCGUUUGAAGAACAUGGCCCAUUCCAUUGCUGAGAGGUACAAAGCGCAGGGGAUAAGUGCAAAGAAAUCCAUUGACUCCACGUUCUACCUUCUGCUAGACUUAAUCACAUUUUUUGAUGAAUAUCACGCUGGUCACGUUGACAGGGCCUUUGAUAUUAUUGAGCGCCUGAAGCUUGUACCUCUUAGCCAAGAUUGCGUCAAGGAGAGAGUCACUGCCUUCCGGAAUUUCAGCGAUGAAAUCAAACACAAUUUAUCUGAGGUCCUGCUUGCGACCAUGAAUAUUUUAUUCACCAAGUAUAAGAGGAUGAAAGGCACAAGCCCAACCACUCCUGCCAGACCCCAGCGGGUAAUGGAAGACAGAGAUUCGCAACUUCAGUCUCAAGCUCGGGCACUGAUAAUGUUUGCUGGGAUGAUCCCAUACAGAACAUCGGGGGACACGAACGCAAGACUGGUGCAAAUGGAGAUCCUUAUGAAUUAGCAGGGCAGCUUUGGCUGGGGUUGCAGCAGCCUGUGCCUGUCUUUAGUACGUUCAGAGGGCCCAUGGGACCAGUGUCAUUUUGUAUUCUGUAUUUUUGUUGAUGGAAAUAAAUUUCUUUGGUUUUGAUA